GCUAUUUGACAUUUGUUUUAUGCCUAUUUCUUCCCAAAAUUCUGUGUACUGUACCAAGUUCUCUCUGAUGGAGAAACAAGAAGAUCCCGAACCAAGCACAGUUGAAAAUGGAAGUGAAAAACAAGAAGAAGAAAAACAAGUAAAAGAAGAAACUCUGUUGCACUUUCUGGAUUCUACGGAUAGCUAUCUGACGCUGAUAGAUUAUUUAUCUUCCACACUUCGCCAGGGAUGGUUGGAACUGGCAAGUGCUAGGCAUGAUAUGGGAGCUUCACGAGUUAAUACUGCUUUGUUAGACCUUAAAGUUCACUCUGCUUCUACAUCAGUGCAAGUAUCACAACAAGAUGCUCACUCCAUGUUUGCACAACAUCGAUUUCUUUUACGCAAAUGGGCAUCCUUCGAUGAUGGAGAAUCUUUUUCUGGAGAAGAAAAAUCUAGAGAGAACAAAUUGCCGACAGAAUCUGAUAGUCAGCUCCGACAUCGAAACAGUUCCCAUUAUUCUGAGAAAACCUCAGAAAGGAAUGGAAGUCCUCUUACUCUUGAUGACCAGGUUCAAAAGCAGCGAUCCAAAUCAUUGUCAGUGUUUGGAGUACUGGUUUCCCCUAGGCUUCGAGCCGCACAAAUAUCAUUUGAAACAGCAUUGGAGAUACUGGUAGAAAUAGCAAAUAUGCGUUCGACAAUGCUUGCCACAUUUGAUCAAGUCCACGAAGAAUUGGAAGGCACUCAGAGUUAACUACUUAAGGCAGUAUUAUCAGCUGGUUGAGCCCUGAAGAUGUUUAAAAUUAAAAAAAAAUUAACAUCCUUGUAGUAAUCAAAACUUUAAAGCUCAAACAUAUAAAGGAGAGAGGGAAGUGGGUGAAGGUUGUCAUCCUUAGCUGGUUGAGGUUUUGAUAUAUAUCACUCACAGCUUAUCAAAUAUUUUUGUUUCAAAAAAUGCAUGGUGUUGCCGAAAAGGUUUGCAACUAAGGGACUU